GAACAGACGGAAAAGAAAAAGGUAGCCAGCAAACAUGCCUGUACCAAAGAAGUGAAAUACACGACCACUGCUAGUCUGUCCACAGACGGUUAUUUUUUCUGGGAGUUUCUUUAUUGCGUCGCUAAGCUUGCGAUCUCCUUGAACUCAAAACAAAAUAGAGGGACUGCCGUGGACAGACUGGACCACUCCGUCUCGAAGAAAAACUUCGCGCACGUUUAGUGAGAAAGUAUGUUACAGGGAAAAAAAAAUUCAUGCAUGCAUAUCCCGAGAAAAAUAUUCUCGAUGCAUGAAAGGGUUAAAAAAAUAAUUUAUGCCUAUGUCAAAUCCAAUCCUCCCCCCUCCCCCCACCAAUACCCCGCUCAAAGGUCAAAUGGCCUACCCAGGUCCACGCGCUGCCGGUGUGAAUCGGGCAGCAGAAACCGCGAAGCUCUGGAACGAGUAAACUGCGAAGAUGAUGGAUCGGGACGAAAAUAGCUGAAGAUGGUAUACGCUUUCUUAAUUCACUCGCUUACUCCUGGGCCAUGUCGAGUGUUGUAUUCUACGCCUUUUGUACACGAGCCUCCGCUUGAUGGAGUGGCAGGAGAAGAUGAGCGUUCCAAAAGAAAAGAGCAAUUGUUACAAGUAGCACAACGUGUGCAAUCUGAGUAUUCUUUUAGAUACGUGGCAUCAGGGAGUGAAAGCCAAGAGGAUUUAUCCGGAUUGUCAUCAACAGAUGAGCUGCUAUCUAAUCUUAAGGCAGGUGUUUUCAGACUUUCGUCAGGAAACCCAUACAAAGCUGAACGUGUUGUUCUUUGGAAGGGAUUGGCAAAUUCAGGAUUUACUCUUGUGUGUGAAAAGAAUGAAAACCGGCUAAUUGCCGAGAACAUUUUAGAUCUCCUUAUCAGACAUCUUCAAGAAUACUGUCAAGUCAUCCUUCAGCCGUCAGAGGCCAUUCUUAAGGUGGACAAGGUUGCUGCUAUAGUCCACCAGUUGCUACCAAAUGGUCAGCUGCUGUUCAUGAACAACCGAUAUUUGCGGCAAGUGGAGAAAGAACUUGAACAAGUAAUGAACUUAAAAAGAGAGUGACGAAGUGCUGUUACUGUGAAUUUUUUAAACAAAUGAGACUCAAUUUUAUUGCAAUGCAAGAUGCAGGAAAAAUUGCUUAACAUUGCUUAAAAAUGAGACAUGGUGAUUGCAAGUCGUGCAAUCACCAUGUCUCAAAAGUUCUUUGAAAAGUUCUUUUGGCCUGUUGACUAUGGCCUUUAAUGGAUUAUAAAUAUGGAAAAUAGCCUACAUGUAAUCCAUCAAAUUGUUUAUACAACAGUAGAUGGGACUGAGUAAAGGAAAAUACAGUAAACACCUUAUGAAACCAUGGAUUGUGAAUCUACCAGCUGGAAAUUGGCAAAUUAGACCCCCAAUGGACAAGAACCACUUCAGUCAGCCGGACAAAUGAAGAGCUCUGUUUUUCGUUGUUGUAGAAAGAAAUAAAAAAAGAUGUAGCUUGCA